AUGGCGGACGAUAAGCCUCCCCUCCAGUCAGAAAAAGUCGACUAUGAGGUUGGGAACUCCCAGCUCGUGGGUGACGACGAGCUCCGCCGCGAGUUCAAGCCCCGGCAGGUCUUCAUGUUCUCCAUCGCCUGCGCCAUUGGAACAGGGCUUGUCAUCGGCUCAGGCGGAGCCCUCGCCAAGGGUGGGCCAGGCAGUCUUUUGAUUUCCUACCUGGCCGUUGGUGCCGCCGUCUUUUUCGUCAUGACGGGCCUCGGCGAGAUGGCUGCAUACCUCCCCAUGAGCAAGGGUUUCGGCGGUUAUGCGACUCGUUUGGUAGAUCCAGCCUUUGGCUUCGCGACAGGUUGGAAUUACUUUCUCAAGUAUUGUAUCGCCACACCGACAAACCUGACUGCAGCUGGCCUUGUCAUACAAUACUGGAGACCCGACUUGAAUGUGGCCAUCUGGGUGGCUGUUUUCGGCAGUGUCGUCAUCAUCAUCAACCUCCUACAUGUUGGCAAGUUUGGCGAGACCGAGUUCUGGCUUGGAGUCAUCAAGGUUGCCGUGAUGACGGCCAUGAUCAUCAUCUGUCUCGUCUCGGCCCUUGGUGGCGCUCCAAACAAGACCCGGACUGGAUUCGCGUACUGGCAGAACCCGGGCGCGUUCGCAUCGUAUCUCUUCCCUGACAGCGCUCUGGGCCGCUUCCUCGGCUGGUGGGCGUGCAUGAGCCAGGCAUGUUUUCCAUUCACCGGCACGGAAGUCGUCGGCAUGACAUUUGGCGAGACGCCAAACCCCCGCAAGAACAUUCCUCGCGCAGUCAAGCAGACUUUCUGGAGAAUCACCUGUUUCUACAUCAUCGGCGUCCUAGUCCUUGGAAUGGCAGUCCCUUACGACAAUGAAAGACUGCUGGGUGCCGUCAAGGCGAAGACCAGUGCAGCCGCUUCACCGUUCGUUGUUGCUGCGGUCAUUGCAGGCAUCCCGGUCUUCGCAGACAUCAUCAACGCCUGUCUUCUGGUGUUUACCCUAAGUGCAGCUAGUACCGAUAUCUACUGCGCCUCGCGCUCCAUCUACGGUCUUGCCAAGGACGGCCAGGCCCCAAAGCUGUUCGCAAAGGUCCUAUCCAGUGGGAGUCCCGUGUGGGCGAUAGCCAUCUCGGCGUGCUUUGUCCUCCUGGCCUUCAUGAAUGCCAGCCAGUCGUCUGGGACCGUCUUCCAGUACUUUGUCAGUCUCGUCACGAUCUUCGCGGUCCUCAACUGGCUCGCCAUUGCCGUGUCGCACAUCUCGUUCCGCCGUGCACUCAAAGCCCAGGGCGUGGAUCUGCAGAGCCUGCCAUACGUCGCCUCGUUCCAGCCGUACGGGUCCUAUUACGCGCUCUUCAUCUCUGUCCUGAUUAUCAUCUUUAGCGGAUAUGACGCCUUCGUUCCGACCUUCUCGCCCAGUACAUUUGUCCUUAAAUACCUCGGCACGGUAAUCUUCAUCUUCAAUGUCGGCCUGUGGAAGGCUUUGAAGCGAUCGCGGCGCGUCAAGGCGCUCGAGGUAGACCUGGUCACCGGCAGAAGAGAGUUUGAGCUACACGAGAGCGCGGCAGAAGCACAAUGGGGCAGUGGGAUUUGGAAACGCGCGCUUGCAAAGUUCAGGCGCUAG